GUAUAUUCUUAUACUUUACUUUUAUUUGCAUAAAAUAGUCAAGUUAAAAUCUCUCAUAAAAAUGUCAGCAAAUACACAAAAAAUCGUUUUUCUGAUUGACGAACAAUCUUUAAUGUCCAAUUUGAUCAAUCUUGAACAAUUAAAAUUGAGUAUAAUGCGUAUUUUAAUCUUUUAUUCUAUGCUUGUAGAUCAGCAACAAGUAUUAUGGGGAUAUCGUUUCUUCAGUACUAAAGUACGAUACACAACAAACUCAAUGCGUCGCUUUUAUACAAUGACUACAGAUGCUCUUGAAAAUAUUGAUCAGGAAUAUAAAAAGCGUGAAUCUGAAAGACCAAAUAUGAUUGUACAAGAACCAGCUAUUAUGCGCAUUAAAGAAGUACUUAAAGAAGCCAUUGGUGAUUUUCAAUGGGAAAAUGGUCUUGCAUCUGAACAAGAAUCAACUAAUAAUCAUCUUUUUAUUAUCACUAGUACUCCUUUAACUUGGAGUGAAUUGCCUUCCUUUUUUCCUUUAAAUUCUGAAAUAACCCAGCUAUCAGCGUUUGACACUUUAGCCUACUUUGAGGAAUUAAAAGAAGAAUUGGCAGACACUUUAUUAGAAAGCUAUACUGAACGUCAAAUUUCAAUAAGUAUCAUUGAUACCACAUUUAAACAACUCCAAAUCAGUCCUAUUGAGGAAAAACUAGCAAACGCUAUUCGUUCUGGCUUCAAGUCUUGCUUUAAAUUAUAUCAUGGAACCUAUAUCGCAUUUCACACACUUUUACGUGUAAACGAUAUAUAUGGUCAUUCUUUUAUUUCUGAAUUUGUCAAUAUCUUACCUUCAAGGGAAUUUUCAUCUUAUGUGACUCCCUUUAUACCUCUUUGGAGAGGAGAAUUUAAAUCAUGCCGUGGUCGAUCUAUUGGGCAGUGCUCUUUAUAUCCUGCAAGACGAAGUGGUCAUUAUAACCCUGAAUCACUCAUGUAUAUGGCAGAAUUACAGAUCAUUAGUCACAUACGCGCUAAACAAUUUUCUUUAUCAUGGCUUACAAGGGAGACUAACAAAGAAGAAGAAAACAAAUACAGAAUGGUAUAUGAAGACGGAGGAUCGUUUAAUGUCUUUAAUGCUCUCUUGGAAGAAUUAUAUAAAAGACAAGAAAUUUUAAUUGGUGAAUUUAUUCCUUUAUCAGACUUUGAUUUACCUAGACAAAGGGUAUGUAUUGAACCCUAUUCACGAGCCUGUGCCUCAGUUCAAUUCAUUCAUUGUAAAGAAAUACCGCGUUACUUGAAUGAAGACGCCUCUAUCAAAAACAAAGUAUCUCCUAUUGGUACCUUUUAUAAAAGUAUCAAAUUGGAUACUAAAUUACCCAAUUUUUUAAAUUCGGCUUUAAAAUUACCUUCUAUCAAGUUCAACUUAAAGAUGCCGGAAAAGAUAAAAGAUGUGAUUUAUAACACAUUUCGUUCAAAACAAGGUAACCUUGGUAACGCUACCAUAGACGCCUCUGAACAACCUGAAGAGGAGGAAGUUAUUGAAAGAAUUAUCACUUUACCAUCCAAUGUUAACAAGAUGGGAAAGGAUCUUAAAAAUUUAUAUCUUGAAGCUCUAUAUACCCAAAAUGAUACCAUGGAUAAUGUAAUUACAAUUAUUGAUAAAUGGAUAGAACAUCUUUUAAAUCAUAAAUAUACCAAAGAGGAUAUCAUUGCUACUAUAUUUGAUUAUACAAUGCCAGUAACAGACCUUGAUAUUAAACACUCUAAUGAAAUACCUCGCACUAUGCAUUUAUUACCAUCACAGCAUACUGUAGAACAAGAAUAUCAGUAUUCAUGGUGGAAAGAAAUCAAGAUGCAUCCUCACUAUAAUUACAAAUUUGAAAAAAUGAAUUGUAUUGCAUUAAAAGUAAAAGAGGCACAACUUCAAGUCAUCCUAUACUGCUUUAUUUGUAGAUUAAUGACUGAUUUACCACCUGACCUAUUAAAGAGAAAUCCAUUUUUUGAAUCAGAAGAUUUUUUUACAAAAAUAGUUUUAAUGUUUACUAUGAAUGAUGUAGGUGAUUUUCUAGCUGAAUUAGAUUCUGAGGAAGGCCCAGCCGCUGUGAAAUUCAGAGAUCCAUGUGAUUUAUCAGAUCAUGCUUUUUGUACUCUACUUGAAGAAAAGUUCAGUGAUUUAAAAGAUUUAACCGAAAAAUUUAAAGAGUCUACAGGAGCAGACGAUAUGGAAUCAAUAACAUUCUCAGAUGAUGAUUUAAUUGAUAACUUUGAAAUAGUCGGGGAUUCAAGUCGAAAUAAAGGGAAAGAAAAGGAAACACAACGGCCUGUGCUCGAUCGACAAAAAUCUUCACAUAAUCAUAAUAUGAAUAAAUCUUUACUGGAAUCGAGCUCUUCUAGAUUAUCAGCCAAAUCAAGUUUAAGUAGAAUGAAUAGUAAUCCAUUAGAUAGUUUUCUUAAGCGCACAGUAGAUGUGAAUCAAAAUUUAAGGCGAGGUCCAGAAAACUCACUUGGUGAAGCAGCAAGAGAAGCAAUUGAUAAAAUAAAUAGGUCGUUAAUUGAUGGUCGUACAGAUAUGAUGAGAGCAGGCAGUUUUAUGAAGAGUGCUCGACAGGAAGAGACACGUCCUGUAGUGCAUAAUGAAGAUUCGAAUGGGGUUGUUUUGAGAAGAAAUCAAACAAAUGAGCAGCUAACCCCUCGAACAUCUUUAAAUCGCUUUUUUCAAAUAGAUAUAUUUAAUGAAUACUCGGAAACUUGUUUAUCUCCAACUUCGGCGACAGCGAAUGAAUAUGGGCACAUUCAAUCAGCAUACCCUUCUAUGCAUCAACCACCACCAAUUCCAAAUGAACCAAAAAAAUCGGAGGAAGAUAUGGAUGAAGAGGAAGAUUUCAGCUUCAUACUAGGUAAUUCCGCAACUGAGUCCCCUCCCCCACAUGAUAUUAUGGCGAGUGCCAGACGGGACCUUACAUCUGAAUUUAAAAGUAUACUUGAAGAAGAAAUGACAAAUAAGGAACAGUGUUCUCAACCAUUAAAGCGAAGCCUUGAUGAGUUGUUUGGUAGUGAUGAGGAUGAAAAUGAGGAUGAAAAUCCUUUUGAAAACAGCUUACCAAGAAAAAAACAACAUAUAUAACUUUGUAUUUAUAAAGAAAAAAUAAAUAAAUAUGUAUAUAAUUUAAAUGAG